AUGGAUCAAUUUCUUUCGAAACGUCUUGAUUGUCCACCACCAAGUACAAAAACAUUAAUGGAAGAAAAAGAUAGUAUAAUAAAAAAACAACAAGAUGAAAUAAAUAAAUUACAAUUACAAAUGAAUAAAAUUCAGCAAGAACGUGAUUAUUUUGCGGCAUUAUUCAACACUCAACAUUCACAUAAUAACAAUAGUAAUAGUAAAAGCAAAUCAAAUCAAAACGGAGAAGAAGGAGAAGAAAAUUUAACAAAUGGGUUUCAAAAAAUGAUUACCCCACCGAGUGAAUGCUCGUUAACAUCAUCAACGUUAACGCAUAUGCCGAAACAAAAAUCUCUGUGCACCGAUUCAUUACAGAAACAAUCGCAAGCGUUAAAAUUACACCAUCAUCAUUCUCCUCAAAAGCACUCAAUGGUACAUUUCGAUAAAACUGCAUUAAAUAGUCUAGGUCUUACAACCGCAACAAUGAAGAAAAAUCCGAUAUCUUUCUCAUCGAAGUCGCACUAUGAACUUUCGCAAGAUCUUCAGGAUAAGCAAAUUGAAAUGCUCCAAAGAAAAUAUGGUGGUGUUUUGCGUACAAAACGAGCUGCAUCAGUCAUUCAACGUGCAUUUCGACAAUAUAAAUUGGAAAAAAAUUUUCGUCUUAUAUGUGAAACAGCCAAAGCAAAUAAACGUAUAUCGCGUACAUUUUCCGAACAACAACAUCCGCUAUGUUCAUUUUAUCAAGAGAAGAUACCGACCCCACCAGCAUUAAAACCAUGUCUUCGAAUGAGAAAGUCAGAUACAACAACACCAAUACACAACGAAAAAGGGAACGAUAGCUCAUCAUCAUCUUCGUCCAACACGCCGACAAACGAACAUUUUAUUGAUAAAAAAAUUGAUUUACCAAGUAUCAAUUUUGAACAUUUUAUUGAAACAAAUGAAAAACCACAACAACAGCUAGAGCACCAGCAUGACAAAUCAUCACGUAAACCAACCAAACGUGUUCUUAUCGUGACGGAAAACGACAGGAAUAUGCUCGAAGCAUUGAUUAAAAAAGAAGCAAAUAAUGAAGAUGUUGAAAAUAGUGUUCGGUUACGUGCACUGUCAUCAAAAACAAGACUAAUAUUUGGAAAAGAACAAAAUGAUAGUGAUUUUGUUGAUGAACAAUUAUCAUCAAUUGUGCUAGUUGAAUCAGCUACAGAGGAUGCAUCCAAAAGACAAAUGCCAUCAUCAAUCGAUUGGUGCAAAAACACAUCUCACUACAAUUUUUAUAAAGAUUUAACUAGUUCACCUUUGGAAUGUCGAAAAUUUUCUUCACGGGUGGAGACUAAACCUCAGCCACCUAUGAGAAAUAGUACAACAAAAAUAUCUACUGUUAAAAAUCCAAAUGGCACAAAAAUGACAAGGCCGUCAUUUUCGCCAUGUGUCGCGUCGCCUAUAUGGAAACGCAAAGUAACAUUAGACGUUGACAAUGGUCGUUUAAGUAAUCUAUCUGAAACGAGUGACAGUAGUGAUCUUUUAGAAAGUCCCAGUUUAUCGAUAACCCCAUUUAGUCAAUCAUCAACAACCAGUUCCGAUCGUGAUAAUAUGAGCUUGCAAUCGAACAGCAGUACAAACGAUAGUUACUCUAAUUCAUCUUAUUCGCAUCGAAAUUCAGCAACCAGUCUAGAAUCACAACCAUCAUCCAUUCAACAAAUUUCAACAAAAUCUGUGCAAAUGAAUCACAACGGGACUGAAACACGGAAUCUUCCCAUUGAUCCUGUAUUAGAAGGGCAGGAAAGAAUACUUGCGAUUAAAGCAAAUGAAACAUACCGAAGAAGAUGUUACAGAGCAGGUUUAAAUGUUUUCAAUAAAAAACCUGAGCGUGGUAUUCUGUAUUUAAUUAACAAUCAUUUCCUUGAACCAAAUCCUCAAGCUGUUGCACGAUUUCUGUUAACACGAAAAGGUCUUAGUCGUCAAAUGAUUGGAGAAUAUUUGGGCAAUUUACAAGAUCAUUUUGCUAUGCAAGUUUUACAUGCUUUUGCUGCUGAAAUGGACUUUCAAGAUCAACCUAUAGAUAUGGCACUACGCAAAUUUCAAUCGUCGUUUCGAUUACCUGGUGAAGCACAAAAAAUUGAACAACUGAUGAAGGUAUUUGGUCAACGUUAUUAUCAAACAACUUUAUCAAAUACACAAUUUCGUAGUCCAGAUACAAUAUUUAUUCUUGCAUUUGCCAUUAUUAUGUUGAAUACUGAUUUACAUAGUAGAAAUAUUAAAUCUGAUAAAAAAAUGAAAUUAGAACAAUUUAUUAGAAAUUUAAAAGGAAUUGAUGAUGGUGAAGAUCUUGAUCCCAUCUAUCUUAAAGACAUUUAUGAACGUAUUAAAGCAAAAGAAUUUCGUUCGGACAGUGAUCAUGUGACACAGUGUGCAAAAUUUGAACAAACACUUAUUGGAAAAAAACCAUCAUUAGUCGCACCUCAUCGAAGACUUGUAUGCUAUUGUCGAUUUUAUGAAAUUCAUGAUUUAACUAAACGUGAACGUUUAACAGCUCAUCAACGAGAAGUAUUUUUAUUCAAUGAUUUACUUGUGAUAACAAAAAUAUCGAAUAAAAAGCGUAAUCAAAUUCAAUAUACAUUUCGGAAUAGUUUUCGAUUGUCUGGCAUGAAUUUAUAUCUAUUUGAAACUCCAUAUUAUCAACAUGGAAUACGUUUAGUUCGAAAACCAGAUACAAAUCAAACAAAUUUAAUAACAUUUAAUGCUCGAAAUGAACAUGAUCGAGCAAAAUUUUGUGAAGAUUUAAAAGAAGCUAUUAUGGAGAUGGAUGAAAUGGAGAGUCUUCGAAUACAAUCUGAAUUAGAUAAACUUCGUUUAUCAUGUAGUCCGAUAAUACGAGGAGAUUUAAAUGGAACAAUAUCGUCAAAUGUUAUACAUUCAAUUGUUGAUUCAAAACGAAAUAAUCUUCGUCCAUUAUCGCGAACAUUAUCAAAUUCAAUGCUUGAUAUAAUUAAUACAAAUAACAAUUCAACAUUAUGUAAAGUGGUUCAUACAUUUUCCCUCUAG